UAUCAUGGUGACUAUAUUUCUUCCGACUACUUCGAGGGCUGGUACUUCAAACUAGUUAGUGAGGACAAGAAAGUUUCGCUGGCUGUCAUUCCAGGAAUAUACAAAGGAAGCAAGAGUACUCGCAAAACAACUGGCGGAAAAAGUGAAAUUCACGCCAUCAGCAAAAGAAAUGCUGAUAACCAUGACGAAUAUUCUCUCGCUGAGUCUCAUGCAUUCGUUUUGGUGAUAAAUAAAGACCGCGAAUGUCUUUAUUAUCGUUAUUACGCUGAUGAGUUCAAGGCCGUGAACACAUACGAGACGGGUGCUUUCCAAGUAACGAUCGGACAUAACCACUUUCGACACGAUGAAAUGGUUCUGUCGCUUCCAUCUUCUCACCUGUUGCAGCCAACCGAUUCAGAAUACGAAACUUUUCUAUCAUCAGUGAUGGCGGAUUAUCAUCGUCUUCUUCCGGAAGAGAAUAAUACAAAGAGGCUCGAGGUUGUGCGUCAUCCACAUGUUCCAUACUCGAUACGCGGGGUGAUUGCAUUUGAGAAUGUGACACCAUUAAAGCCUACCAUGACUAUUCCGUCGGUGAUGGGUAUAUUUCAAUAUGUUCCAUGGCUGGAAUGUUUUCAUCAAAUUGUUAGUCUUGAUCACAUUGUGCAUGGAGAGAUAACUUUCAUUAACGACAAGUUUGUUGAGACGAAUGUCGAUUUCGAGAACGGGAGAGGGUACAUUGAAAAGGACUGGGGAAUCAAUUUUCCGAAAACGUGGAUUUGGGCUCAAUCUAACAGUUUCGCAAAGGAAGCUGGUAAUUCCAUACAGAUAUCGAUCGCCGAAGUGCCGAUUGUGCAGUCACUCUAUCAUAUAGCGGGGGCUUUGAUCGUGGUCCAUCAUUCUAGUACUAAUGUCACAUACAACUUUAGUACAUACAAGCUACCUCGUCCUCAUUCGCUUAAAGUUACACUUGAUCCGACCACUCAUAUUCAAAACGUUUAUCUGCAUGUGUCUGACAGAGACAACAACCAUCUAGAAGUCAACGUAUGGCGAAAAGCGGGCACCGGAAUUCCAUUACGUGCUCCCAAUAAAGAGCACAGGAAGAUGGUAUUGACCGUUGAAGAGAAUUUGGAUGCAGAGAUGACAGUCAAGAUGUGGAAUGGAAAUGAAGGUGGAGACGUCAAGGUUAUUAUGGAUGAUACGGCUGUAUCGGCUGGACUGGAGAUUGUAGGAGAUGUCACGAAAUUAGGGAAAGAAUAUGCCGGAUGA